AGUUGCUGUGGCGCGGCGCGAGCGUCCCUUCCGGGGCCGGUUGCCAAGGGGGACGGCCGCUCUUCGCCGGGGCCGCCAUGUCGUUGGGCGGCCAGGCCCUGUUCGUGUCGGUGGAUUACGAGGUGUUCGGGAAGGUCCAGGGGGUGUUCUUCCGCAAACACACGGAGAAGGAAGCCAGGCGCCUGGGCCUGAGGGGCUGGGUGCAGAACACGCCGCGGGGCACGGUCCAGGGGCAGCUGCAGGGCUCCGAGGACGGUGUGCGCGCCAUGCAGGCCUGGCUCCGGCACACCGGCAGCCCCAGCGCCAGGAUAGACGAGGCGCUCUUCGGCGAAGAGAGGCGCAUCCCACGACUCGAGUACUCGGACUUCAGAAUCAUCAAGUAAACUAACGCCCGGCCCGGGAUCGGCGCUGGGGAGACAUUUACACCCCAACCCCCCCCCCCUCCUCUCUCCACCCCGGCCCCGGGGAACUGGUCUUCAACAGUACAUACAUCCCGAACACUUGCACCUCGAUGUUCAAUGUGUACCGUUGAUGACCUUAAUCGUUAUUGCACGUUGUUGACUCUCCUGUUUCGUUCCAGUUCGUUUGGCUUUUUUUUUCUCUCUCUCUCUCGGAUUCCCACCGCUUACACCAUGGACAGCUCCACCCUCAACGUGUAAACCGAGUUAACGCGAGGAAUCGCUGCCUUCGGCGACUCCCGAAGGUUAUGCUCGUGGUUUAAUUGUUAUAAUGCUUCGUUUCUCUUUGAACGUUAACGUUAACCCCCGUUGGUAGAAACCUCGAAGAUAAAUGUUAAAGUGCACAUUUGACUCAUUCGGAUUAGAGUUGAUUUAAAAAGGGUCUGGACGAUGCUCUGAUCUUGUAACAUGUGGGGGGUGGGGGGGGGGGGAGAAAAAAGGGUAAAAUUGUCUCGAGGUUAAAUUCUAAAGAGUUAUUUAUUUGGAGUCAUUCCAAUUGUAAAAAUGUCGUUUGACAUCUUUUGCUUUAUGAUAUUGACGAUUUGUUGUCGCACUGAUUAAACGUUUUCCUCAAAUGCAA